UUCUGUUAAGCUUUAUAUAAAGCGUCAUGGAGGUGGAACUUACACUUUCUGUUAGGAGAUCUGACGGGCUGGGGAAGGUUACUGCUAUUCUGUGUUAAAACUGUUCGGUUAGGCGUAUUUCUGUAGACUUAAGUACUUAAAUAUUUGUUGUUUUUUUUGCUUGACGUUAUUUUAGUUAAUUUAACUCGAUGGGGAAGGAUUAUUACAGCAUUCUGGGGAUUCAGAAAGGAGCUUCGGAGGACGAAAUCAAGAAAGCUUAUCGCAAGCAAGCUUUAAAAUACCAUCCUGAUAAAAACAAGUCUCCUAAUGCUGAGGAGAAGUUCAAGGAGAUCGCCGAGGCUUACGACGUCCUGAGUGAUCCGAAAAAGAAGGACAUUUAUGAUAGAUUUGGAGAAGAGGGAUUGAAGGGCGGCGCCGGUGGAGGUGGCGGUCCGAACGGCCCCGGCUUCACCUACACGUUCCAGGGCGACCCUCACGCCAUGUUCAGCGAGUUCUUCGGCGGGCGCAACCCCUUCGAGCACAUCUUCACCAUGGGCGGCAUGGGCGGAAUGGGCGGCAUGGGCGGCGACGAGAAGAUGGACACAGACGAGCCGUUCGCCGGAUUCGGCCUGGGAGGCGGGCGGCCCUUCGGCGGGCGUCCGGGUAAGAAGCAGGACCCGCCGGUGACCCACGAGCUGCGCGUCAGCCUGGAGGAGGUGCUCCGGGGCUGCACCAAGAAGAUGAAGAUCUCGCGGCGGCGGCUCAACCCGGACGGGCGCGGCACGCGAAAGGAGGACAAGCUGCUGACGGUGGAGGUGAAGAAGGGCUGGAAGGAGGGCACCAAGAUCACCUUCCCCAAAGAGGGCGACCAGACGCCCACCAACAUCCCCGCCGACGUGGUGUUCAUCGUCAAGGACAAGCCGCAUCCCGUGUUCAAGAGGGACGGAUCGGACAUCGUCUACCCCGCCAAGGUCACGCUCAAGGAGGCCCUGUGCGGCUGCACGGUGAAAGCCCCCACGCUGGACGGACGCACCGUCCCGCUCCCCGUCCGGGAGAUCGUCCGCCCCGGGAUGAAGCGGCGCAUCACCGGCGAGGGCCUCCCGCUGCCCAAGAGCCCGGAGCGGCGGGGCGACCUGAUCGUGGAGUUCGAGGUGAAGUUCCCGGAGGGGCUGAGUCAGGACGCCAAGGACACCAUCUCUCGGGUCCUGCCCUGAAAACCUGACGAAAAGAACCAGAGCAAGGACCGGAAUGGUUUAACGGACCUUGACGAGCAAGUUGCCUUUCAUACAUAACGCAUUCGUGGUGUCGGGUUCCAACCAAGAGCUUCCUUUUCAUUUUCAUUUCCUUAUAGGUUGAUUUUAUUUAGUAGGGCUGCGCCGCCAGACACGAAAUUAAUCCUCGUUAUUAUUUUUGUAUUUUUUAUUGCGUCACGCUUCGCUCUGAUCGAGGAGAACGAAGCUAACCCACGCCCCCCUCCGACACGUAGUCGGCAGCCGUACUCGUACGCUUGACGAGUGCAGUGCGGAUCAGCACUGCGUACGGAGAGACGCACCCUGACGGCACUCUUUCCUCGUCUCUGUGCAGGCGACAUCAUGCGAGAGUCCGAAUCCGGCUUAAUCCCACCCCUAUCUGAACGACGGGCCGAUCGUCGUUCCUGUGGCUGCCCAGCCCACCCGGCAGGCAGAGCCGAGAUUCGAUACGAUGUACUCGAGAUCCCAGCUCUGGUGUUCCAGUGUGUUUUACCGCUGCGCCACCUGAGCGGCAAAUCUUGGGUGUUUUUGAUUUGUGAAAUCGCUCCACAAUUUAAUGGUUUAGCACAACAGCGUUGAUCCCAUUAGCUGUCCAGAGUCCCAAAGACCUGAGCAGGAACUUUCUGGCUGUGCAGUGAAUUCAUUGUUAUAUAUAUAUAUCA